AUGCCGCACCUGCUCGGAAUCGAAUGGGCUCCGAUGAACAUCCCGCUCACCCGACGUCUUCAAACCCUCGGCGCUCUUCACUUCUUCUUCAUCACCCUCUUCACCCCGGUGCUCGUGCUCACCGUCCCCUUCUACAUGCUCUACACAAUCGCCUGGCCACUUAUCGUCGUCUACGCCCUCUGGCUGAUCUACGAUUGGGGAUCGCCGAAACGUGGCGCCUACCGAAGCGAAUGGUUUCAGAGGCAACGGAUUCACUCGUGGUACGCCAACUACUUCCCGGUUCAGAUGCACACGACGGCGGAGAUGCCGGCAGAGCAUAGCUAUCUGAUUGGCUACCAUCCGCACGGUAUCAUUUCGAUGGCCGCGUUCAUCAACUUUGCGACGAACGGAACCGGAAUACUCGACACGUUGCCACACAUCAGAUUCCAUUUGUGCACGCUGGUCGGUCAAUUCUGGACGCCAUGGAGACGUGAAUGGGGACUCCUUCACGGAAUGAUUGAUUGCAGUCGUGAGAGUAUCAAACACGUUUUGGAGCACGAGGAGAAGGGAAAAGCGGUCGUGUUGGUGGUGGGCGGAGCCGAGGAGGCACUCGACGCCCAUCCCGGUUGCCAUAUUCUAACGUUGAAGAAACGGAAGGGAUUUGUGAAGAUUGCGUUACAAACGGGCGCUCAACUCGUUCCGUGCUAUUCGUUCGGAGAGAAUGACAUUUUCAAUCAAGCCGAGAAUCCGAAGGGAUCGACGAUCCGACAGUUUCAGACGAUUAUGAAGAGGAUUCUGGGAUUCUCGCCGCCGGCGUUCUAUGGAAGAGGAGUGUUCAAUUAUACGUUUGGACUGUUGCCAUUCAGAAAACCCAUCAACACAGUGCUCGGCGCCCCGAUUCCCGUCACAAAGACGCCAAAUCCAACGCAAGAACAAAUCGAUACUCUCCACGAGACCUAUAUGAAUAGUCUUCGUGAACUAUUCGAGGCGCACAAGACGCGAUUCGACGUCUCGCCGACCACUCAACUCGUCAUUAAUUAG